GGCCCCCGGACUGGUCUCCGUCUCUCCCCCUCGUUUCUUUCGCUGCUUUUUUGGGCUCUCUCUCUCUCUCUCUCUCUACAAAGUCUCUCGGUAGAAAGAAAUGGGAGAGGAGAAGCCGAAGCCUACUGGAGUAUGGCCGACCAUCAAGCCUUUCGUCAAUGGCGGCUCCUCUGGCAUGCUCGCUACCUGCGUCAUCCAGCCCAUCGACAUGAUCAAGGUGAGAAUUCAAUUGGGUCAGGGAUCAACGGCCGAGGUGACAAAAAACAUGCUAAAGAAUGAGGGGAUUGGCGCAUUUUACAAGGGGCUGUCUGCUGGGCUACUUAGACAAGCUACAUAUACAACUGCCCGACUUGGGACAUUUAGAAUUCUGACAAAUAAGGCAACUGAGGCCAAUGAUGGGAAGCCCCUGCCUUUAUAUCAGAAGGCUUUGUGUGGUUUAACUGCUGGAGCAAUUGGUGCAUGUUUUGGAAGUCCAGCAGAUUUAGCACUCAUACGCAUGCAGGCUGAUGCUACCUUACCUGCUGCUCAGCGCCGGAACUACACAAAUGCAUUCCAUGCCCUCUAUCGUAUUAUUGCAGAUGAAGGAGUUUUGGCUCUUUGGAAAGGUGCAGGACCAACUGUCGUGAGAGCAAUGGCAUUGAAUAUGGGGAUGCUUGCCUCAUAUGACCAAAGUGUUGAGUUUUUCAGGGAUUCUCUUGGUUUGGGUGAAGCUUCUACAAUAAUAGGUGCCAGCUCGGUCUCAGGGUUCUUUGCUGCAGCAUGCAGUUUACCCUUUGAUUAUGUGAAAACUCAAAUACAGAAGAUGCAACCUGAUGCCACAGGAAAGUAUCCGUACACGGGUUCAUUAGAUUGUGCCAUGAAAACCGUGAAAUCUGGAGGGCCCCUCAAAUUAUAUACAGGAUUUCCUGUAUAUUGCGUUAGAAUUGCUCCCCAUGUCAUGAUGACAUGGAUAUUCCUGAACCAACUUCAGAAGCUCGAGAAGUCUGUUGGGUUGUAGUUUGCGGGUAUAGAGAUCUCAAUUGGAGUUUGAGCCGUGUCAGAAUAAUAUUUCAUGUUUUGUGUUGUAUUUUUUUUGCUGGAUUUGGUGACCACAUCACAUCCUCAAGUCUUGGGAAAUUUUUUAUUACUGUGGUAGAACUUGUCAAUGACCCCAACUGAGUUGGGAAGUUGUUAUUUCAGAGGUGACUGAGAUAGGAUUUUGCAUAUUCCUUUCAGCUAGCUAGCUUUGUAGGGGAUAUUAUCUGAAAAUGCUUGACAGAGAAAUUGUUCAAGCAAAAUAAUUUUUCCAAACUAAAGGGUACCCUUCAUUCAUAAACACUAAUCUCAUUUUGCCUUUUGUCUUUUUCUA